AACAAUUAAUAAACUGAAACUACCAGAAAAUGAUAACUUAGAAGCAGUUAAAGAAGUGCAGAAGAGCAAAAACAAGAGACAAGAAAGCAAAAUAGUUUCAAAAGCUAGAAGAAGAGACUAUCAAGGCCAGAAGAUGGAAGACAAGAUCAUCAUAGAAACACUAAUAGAAAAAAUAAUCAAGGAUCAAGUAGAAGAAGGAGAAGUACAAGAGAAAUUACUAACAGCUGCACAAAAAUUACAGAAUAUUGAGAAAAUAGACUUCUAUACAGACAAAUCACUAUAUGAAGAAAAAGAAACACCACAAAAAAUCAAAAUAGGAGCAGAGUAG